GCCUGCGACGCCUGUUGCUGUCAGUUGAGGCACGGCUAUGCGCCUGAUCGGUCGGCACGGAGGAGAACUGUCCGGACGCCUUCCCUUGUGGCGGGCAAGGGCUGUGAGCACCGGCAGGCCCUCGCUCUCCGGACUGCCAGCGAGCUCCGACGCCGGCAAGGAGCAUCUCCGAGCGCAUGGAUUGCGCACCACCCCUGCUGGGCUGAGGCCUGGCUGGGCUCCGAAGGCGGCUGCUCUCCGUCCCGCUCCUCUCAGGGUUGUGUCCUCCGCUCCAGAGGGCACGCCGGGCGACGGCCCCCGACAGCAGUAGGCCCAAAGCCAUGCAGCAUUUCAGCAGGAUCCGGAAUUUCGUCCUGGAGCUGGACAGAGGCCGGGGCCCCGGGGCGGUCUACCGGGGAGGGGAGCUGCUCUGCGGACGGGUGGUGCUGGAGGUGGCCAAGGCGCUCAAGGUCCGGGCGCUGGUGGUGUGCGCUCGGGGCCUGGCCACUGCGCAUUGGCUGGAGAGCAAGAGCAUCGGCAUGAACACGGUGUACAGCGACUACACCGCCUACGAGACCUACCUACGGAGGAGGCAGCUGCUGAUCAGAGACCACGGAGGCGUCACCGUCCUGCAGGCCGGCCGGCACGAGUUCCCUUUCACUUUCCAGCUGCCAGACACCCUGGCCACCUCCUUCGAAGGGAAACACGGCAGCGUCCGCUACUGGGUGAAGGCCAAGCUCCACCGCCCCUGGUGCUCUGUCAAGCGGGCCAAGAAGGAGUUCACCGUCAUCGAGCCCAUCGACAUCAACACGCCUGCGUUGCUGGCUCCUCAGGCCGGCGCCAAAGAGAAAUUGGCCCGGGUCUGGUACGGCAGCCGCGGCCAGGUCUCGGUCUCCGCCAAGAUCGACCGGAAAGGCUACACCCCAGGCGAGGUCAUCCCCAUCUUCGCCGAAAUCGACAACUGCACCACCCGCUCCGUGGUGCCCAAGGCCGCCAUCAUCCAGACGCAGACCUUCAUCGCCCGCGGCACCCGGAAGCAGAAGAAGUCCGUGGUGGCCAGCAUGGCCGGGGACUCCAUCGCUGCGGGGAAGCGAGAAGUGUGGCACGGCCGGGCCCUCAAGAUCCCCCCCGUGGGGCCCUCCAUCCUGCAGUGCCGCAUCAUCCACGUGGAGUACGCGCUCAAGGUGUGCGUAGACAUCCCCGGGACGUCGAAGCUGCUCCUGGAGCUGCCCCUGGUGAUCGGGACAAUCCCCCUGCACCCGUUCGGAAGCCGCACGUCCAGCGUCAGCAGCCAGUACAGCGUCAAUCUGGAUUGGAUCCGGAUGGGAAUCACCGACCAACCUGAGGCUCCACCGGACUACUCCACCGUUGUGUCUGGCGAGGAACUCAUCGAGAACUUGUCCCCUCCCCGCCAGGAUGAGCCCUCCGGCAUCGUGGAGGGGCCCUUCUUUGCCUACAUCCAAGAAUUUCGCUUCCGGCCCCCUCCUCUCUACUCAGAGGUGGACCCCAACCCUCCCUCCGACAACUCGAUCCGCCCGCGCUGCAUGACCUGCUGAAGGAAGCACUGCCCUGACUUGUGAUCAAGGUUAGAACGGAGAUCCCUUUUUCUGGGCUGAAGAGGCCGGCCCCGGCGACCGGGAGUGCGAGGCGGAGGACAGGCCUCCGUCCCCAGAAGCGAGGGGCGGGUCGCGCCCUCCCACUGGUGCUGCGCAUGGGACUCUCCACGGAGCCAAUGUGGGCUUGACCGGCGACGGCGAAAGGGAGAGACGGCCGCGGUCCUUGACCCCACGCGUUGUGCGACGGACAGCCAUGCGUUUGCAGCGUCCUCCGGUCCUGGUGCCAAGCGCUGCCCCCCCUAGACUUGCAGGGUGGGUUUUCACACGCGCCACCCCUCCACGGAAGCAGCGGAGCCUGUCCGGCCUGCUCCUCUCAGGAUUUUGGGAUUCCAUCUGUGCCUUGUAGAAGGAAGCCGGCCAGACGCCUCCGGGGAGAAUUUCUGCCGUUGUGACUCAGCGGCGUUAUCGGAACCUUCUGACAUUUUCGGGUCACUCAGUUUGGUUUCUCUUUUCCGACUGGUCCAACCUGCUGUCACCCGUGGGAACGAGCAGCAGGGACAGGGGAGACCCCAGGAAGUGGUUCCGCCCCAACCCAAAAGAACAAACCGGGGGUUGGUAAUGGUGUGGUAUGACACAGGGGUGUGUGGCUGUGUGUACAUCCUCCCCCACAACACACUUUUCAGGGAGUUGUCUGUUUUUUAAACCACAGAGGAGCAAGGGGGCAAUUCACAGUCAUUGCCUCUUGUUGGUGGGUAUUUGAGAUCCCUGCAUCAGGUGCUCAACUUUCAGCCUCAGUUCACUGCUGCCUUCGAACGCCCAAAGACCCCCGUCUGUUUGCAGGAGGGAGCGAUGUGAGAGACAGAGAGAGAUUUAAUUGUUGGUGGGAGGGAUCCGUUGCCUUCUCUGCAGGACUUUUAAAGGGAGUCUUCAGCUGCAAUGGAGCAGUGGAAAACUGGUCCCGUGAAAACAGUUGCAAGGGGUGAUAAAAGGCCCUUUGCAAAGGAGGGUUUUUUUGGGGGGGGUGCUCCCCCCUUUUCAGGAUGGGCCAAGAUCCGGCAAACAAGCGUGCGACUCCCUCUCUGAAUUGCAUUCCAUAUGCUUCAAACAGACCAACGUUCCCCGAGCGAGUGUGGCGUUUCCCCCUCCUCACUGGGCCAGUAAAACUCCCUUUUUGUAUCUCUUUUCUGAUAUGCCCUGGUUUGGACACAGACUUAUUGUAAGAGACGAUUUCUAGAUUCGUAUUUUAUACACUUGCUGCCUUUAAGCUGUUUGGAAACAAAGCUAUUUUUGUGUGCGUGUCUUUCUCAGAAGUCCUGGCUUUUGUACAAGCGUUGACAUUAAACUUGUGAAACUUCUCAACGA